AUGUUAUUUCCUAAUUGUAGAUCCACGCUGCAGCAGCAACCUAGAAGCCAGCCAGAAGGUAAGUAUACAUUAUUGGUCAUACAAAAUGUCCAAAUUGGGCCUGUAGACAGGUUCCAUGGUCAAAAUAGCCUGAAAAUAGCCUCCCGCUUGAAAGAUGAUAUGAUGUCACUGUUUAAGAACAAAGAUUAGUUGGAUUGCAUUUCUUCUUUCAGAAUUAUCGAUGAAAGAGAAAAGCUUGAAGAGGGUGUAGGUUUGGGUGUAGCAAGAAUUGUCGUUGUUACGUUCUGGCAACAAUUGUUUGCAGCUACAAUGGUCAGUGACAAAGAAAAGUUACCAUGUAUUCACCACGACUUUCAAAAAAGCGAAUGGACGGCAAUAGGAAGAGUGUUAGAACUCAAACAGUACCCAGAGUUCAGCAGCCUCACUGGCCUGGACGACUUUUCUUCUGCCAAGAUGCCAUCAGCAAAGAAGACUGCUAGAAUGCCGCAGAGUCAACCAGAAAAUGAAGCCAAGACUCAGUGCUUAGACUACCUCAAAAAAUUUAUUAGAUCUCUGGAUGCUCCUGCUCUGGGCACUUUCCUGAAAUUCACUAUGGAAAGCGAUAUACAGCAUGAACACCAGGAAGUUUCAUUUACCUCAAUGGAUGGCGAGUUGCGGCGACCAAUUGCCUGCACCUGUGGCCCGUUGUUAGAGUUACCAAGAACUUACCGUAACUACACCGAAGUAGCUGAAGAGUUCACAAGCCUGCUUGGGGAAAAAGGAGCACGGGCAUGUUUGAUUACUGGCAUCAGACUAUCACUAGAGGAUGUGCCUGGGCUUGUUAUUUCUGUGUUCUGACAGUGAUCUGUGAACAUUUGAUACAUGUUAGUCAGAGAAGCAACGUUUUGCUGUAGUUCAUGCUAGAGCUGAACAUAAGAAAUUGUUCCUGUUUGGUUUUGAAUUAUUGAUUGCAACUAGUCAAAGAGUGAAAGCAUAAGUGGAAAAGGUAUGCAGUCGGAAAGGCUACAUGUUUUUUUAAAUUGGUUUGUUAGAAUUUUGUGCCUGUAGUUCAUCGUAAGUAA